UUUUACAAUAAAAUAGCGGGAAAUGCUACAGUAGUUUGUAAACAAAAUCAUCUGAAAAUGGUCCAAGUGUUGAUAACGAUGCCAGACAGUCAUCAGGACUGUCCAGAGUGGGCAAUCGUGGAUCUUCAAGGAAGUCUAGAAACAAGACAGCCUGUCCCUCUGGGUGGAAAAUUUGUUGGAGACUUACAUUUUACAAAACAGAAUAUCCCUGUACUUAUCAUUGGACACCAUAUUUUGUAUGGAAAAAUUGUGGACCUCGAAAAGCCGUAUGCUGUUAUAGUGAAAGAAAAUUCUCCAGAAGUUGACAUUUCAGAGGAAAGACAUGCUGAAAAUGAGAAUGGUGCCAGUUACGUAGUGAAAGCCCUGAUCAAGAAAAAGCUACUUUUCAAACAGAGACCAAAGCCUAUCAUUGCUAACAUACCCAAGAAAUUGUGAUAUAUUACGCCCAUAGUAUUCUUUAUAAUUUAAUUUCAAUAUCCACAUGUACUGUGUUCAUACAAUCAUAUGUACAUGAAACUGCAAAUUGCAAUUAUACAAAUAAAUUUCAGAAAUGUUGAA